CGGUGGGAUCAACGAGUCGAAUUGUGUUGCUUAGCGACGCAAAAAUAACGGAGAAAAAAAGCUGUUCAAGUGUGGAGUUCCGACGAUAGAGAGAGUUAACACUCGUUUUGACUAAUUUCUCAAGGAACUCGGAUAUUUUGUGACACAUAACGACUUGGGAAAGAACUAGCACGAGAGAAGAGGAUACUGAAAUUAGUGUCGGACCAAAUUCCUCGUUAAGAAGCUUUCAAAAUAGAAAAGCUUUGGCGAACUGUUGAGGAAUAAGAUAUUUUGUCUUUUGUUGUGGAACGUUUGUUCGGGUGCCUGUUGCUACCCGGAGGAGAGGAGUUAUUAAGGGCACGAACACAGGCUGCUAGUGUGCUUUAUAAAAUAAUAAUUUAAAAAAGAUAAAGCUUGGUUUUGAGAAUUUUUAGUGUUAUGUUUAAGAAUACAUUUCAAAGCGGCUUCUUGUCCAUUUUGUACAGCAUUGGAAGCCAACCUCUCCAAAUAUGGGAUAAAAAGGUGAGAAAUGGACAUAUAAAGCGUAUUACGGACAUCGACAUCCAGUCGUUAGUGCUUGAGGUGGAAGGAACCAAUGUCAGCACGACCUACAUCACAUGUCCUGCAGAUCCGAAGAAAACCCUGGGCAUCAAACUCCCCUUCCUGGUCAUGAUCAUCAAGAAUCUGAAGAAAUAUUUCACAUUUGAAGUUCAGGUAUUGGAUGAUAAAAAUGUGCGGCGGAGAUUCAGAGCCAGUAACUACCAGAGCACCACACGGGUGAAGCCCUUCAUCUGCACCAUGCCCAUGCGGCUGGACGACGGCUGGAAUCAGAUCCAGUUCAACCUGUCCGACUUCACACGGAGAGCUUACGGCACCAACUACAUCGAGACGCUGCGAGUACAGAUCCACGCGAACUGUCGCAUAAGAAGAGUGUACUUUUCUGAUAGACUGUACUCUGAGGACGAGCUGCCGGCAGAGUUUAAACUCUAUUUGCCGGUACAAAACAAAGCAAAGCCUCCGUGUAAGUUGUUACUAUGGAAACGAUACCAUAUUAGAAUACUUUUAAUGCUGCUGUUAUCGAGGCUGUUUAAUCACCUUUUGACAAAUCAGGAUUGAGAACUGGACAGCUCUGUGCAAUAACGUGGCACGUCUGAACCCUUCCUUCAUUCCAAACCUCUGUUUUACCUGCAGUUUUUCCCCCUCACCAAAUUUACAGUCAUGUGGCUUUGCCUUGUUUAUUUAUUUACCCCCCCCCCCUUGUGUUGUAUGUUUUAUAUGCACAAUGUGAGCUGAGAAUUCAGCAUUCAGAGCAACGAAAAUAAAAUAGUAUAUUACUGUA